AUGGCCGAACAUCCCUGCUUCACACUCGCCGGUCUCUUAAGCGUAGGCGGAACAGCGGGGUUUCUCCGUACACGCUCCACACCCAGUCUCGUUGCUGGUCUGGGUCUGGGCCUGAGUUAUGGAGUCGCUGGCAAGUGA